AUGGCACCUCAAGAUGUUCUUGAUGAGUUUUUUCGAUAUGUCCAGAACGACAUUCCCCUCCGUCUUAUCUCCGCUGUGGAAAUGACGCUUGUGGAUCGAUUGGCCGUGCAAGAUUAUUACCUACCUGCAAUUGAAGAGAUUACUGAGGCAACAAUCGCAAACAGGAUUUCGUCGGAAAUUGACAGAGAGGGCGUAGUAAAGCAAAUCAUCCACGAUACAGUCAAGUACGCCGUGCUUUCUCACAGGUGGCUGCCGAGGGGGGAGCCUCUUUUCCACGAUCUCAUUAACGGCAUUCCUGAUAUCCCCGGACGCGGCAAGUUAGAGAGCUACUGCAGACUAACAAAACAAAAAGGCUUGACCUUUGCCUGGUCCGACACGUGUUGUAUCAACAAGAGCAGCAGUGCGGAGCUAGAUGAGGCACUUCGUUCCAUGUUUAGAUGGUACCGGAACGCAACAUUGUGUCUCGUAUAUCUCUCACAGACGAACGACCUGUUCGAUGCAGAGUCGGACGAAUGGUUUACUAGAGGCUGGACAUUGCAAGAACUACUGGCGCCUCCAGUGGUCAAAUUUUACAACAAAGACUGGGAGCCGCUCGGCGAACAAGAAAAUGACAAGGAGGAUGAGCGGGUUGUCGGGCAUCUUGUGAAUGCCACCAAGUGUCCGAAGCACGCUCUGCGCAACUUCUUACCAGGUCCGCACGAUGUCGAUCGCCGAAUGUCAUGGGCAGCAAAUCGCCAGACGACCAAGGUUGAAGAUAUGGCGUAUUCUCUCAUGGGAAUUUUUGGUGUUGUUCUGCAACCCGCGUAUGGCGAAGGGGCGGAGCAGUCCUUUUCUAGACUUGUUCAAAUGAUUAUGCAGUCCCGUGGCAGCACGUCGGUGUUAAAUUGGGUUGGAAAAGCAGCCGUGUCUUUUAACUCCUUUGCUUUGCCAUCCUCUCCUCGUUGUUACGUUGGUAACGGAGGCUUCAAUACGGAGCGAAGGAUUGAAAUGGGAAUGACCAGCCGUGGUCUUCGCCUCCCACUUAUCCUCUUACCAGUCCGGGUAGAAACGCUUUGUAGCUUGAACAGCACUGUUGUUCAAGCCAAGAUGGAAUUUGCAGAUGCUCAGUUCCGUAGCAUGUGCCAGCAAGUGACAAUAUCCGCGAAUAUUUUGGGCAGGCAUCCUCCCAAGGAAGAAGACUGGGCGCUAGGAGUCUUCAAUUAUAUGCCUCCAGAUGGAAAUCGUACGACAGGGCUACCAGGGCUUCGAAGAUGGUCCGUUGGCUAUUUACUUUGGCGUCCUAGAGACAUGAAUCAGAACCCUGCAGAUUCUCUAGAGGGCAUGAAGGUACGGGACGAUCUAAGGUUCUAUGGAUGGAAAAAGCUAUCUACCCAGACAUUCGUAUAUUUUACCCUACCGCAUAUUAAAAAGGGCGAGGUCAUGAUAGUAAAUGAGCAGCUCCUAGAGACGGUUUAUCUGUGA